AUGACGGGAAGGCAGUUUAUCAGUGUGUGCUUACAUAAGUUUCAGGAUGUAUUUAUAAUUCAGGUGAGGUUUGUGAAAAACACACAAUCAGACUUCAUCAACGGAGGAUAUUUAGUGCUCUACUAUGUCUUCAUGAUGGAUCCACGGCUGUUUUCCCUCUUCAUGCUGUUCGCCUGUGGUCUCACUGAAGCCACCACCCUGAAGCACAUGGAUGACUUCAUUAGUGCUGUGGAGAGCAUUGAAGCAAUGAAUCCAGGUCUCCAAAUGCUGGACAUGCUGAAGGGUCUCCGUAAAGCCUCUGGUUUGGAAACUGACCUGAUCCAGAGGCUCCUGGGAGAAGCACAUGCUGAGCUCGUGAUGGAUCCCUCAGUGGCUUUAAACAUCCACAAACUCAUAAAUCACCAUGUGUCUGAGAUCACUGAGGAAGGUGUGGUUCUGACUUUGGAUGGCUCAAAUGUGGCGUUGGCUCCUCUGCUUCUGGGACUCGAGGCUGGGCUCCAAUCGAUCGAUCUCUAUCCUUUAACAUUGACCGAAAACCUGCUCAACUCUUUUGUCCAUCAUGUCCGGAAUCAAGAGUCCAGUGCUCUUCUGGGCACCAAAGGUUAUUGGGAUAGCAUUAAAUCCCCAAGGGUCUACACUCUCUCUGGUUUGCCUUCAUUGGCAACGGAUGCCCUGAUAAUCGGAGGGAUGGAUGGGUUUAUUCUGGGGUCUGAAAUGGCCUCGUCUGACCAUCCUGAGGGGUCUCUGAGUGACCUGUUAUCGAUUUAUUACAGUCAGAAGCUAGACGAUGCCGCUCCACGUCUCAUCAGUCAGAAGAGGAGGAGGAACUUCAGAAACAUGGCCGACUUCUCGCUGAUGAAAACACAAGUGGUUCGAGCUCUGACAGUUCGCAGAAACUUAAACCAGGAUGAGAGGAAGAAGCUGGAGGAUGUUGUGAAUGAGGGCUUUGAGGAGUUUGUUCAUGUGUAUGCAGUGUGUCCAAACAUCAUCACGAGGUCUCAGUGGGGCGCAGCUUCAUACAUCGGCUCUCCAUCGUAUCUGUCUCUGCCUGUGCCAUAUCUCUUCAUUCACCACACGUAUCAGCCCUCCAAACCCUGCACCACCUUUGAGCAGUGUGCGGCUGAGAUGCGCUCCAUGCAGCGCUACCACCAGCAGAGCAACGGCUGGUCCGACAUCGGCUACAGUUUUGUGGCGGGUUCAGAUGGAAACCUGUAUGAAGGCCGCGGCUGGAACUGGGUCGGCGCUCACACCUAUGGCUACAACUCUAAAGGCUAUGGCGUCAGCUUCAUCGGUGACUACACCUCCACCCUCCCCAUCAGCAGUGCGCUGAACAUGGUGCGCUACGACUUUACUUACUGCGCCACAAACGGAGGACGACUGUCCAAAUCAUACUCUCUGUACGGACACAGACAGGCCACGGCCACCGAGUGUCCCGGAAACACUCUGUACCGCCAGAUCCAGACAUGGGAGCGAUACCAGAGUUAUCUGCCUUGAGGACUGUGGUGUCGUCAACUAAAUGCAUUUCUUGAACAGUUGCUCAUAAUAAAUGCAUGCUUGAAGUCG